GUUCACAGCUGAGUGACUUCUCUUGUGUCCUGCAGCUGAUCUGAGAGCUGUCAUCAUAACCUUGACAGACUGUCGUCAGGGACACUUAACAACCUGUCCAGUGUUGUCACACUGUGAUCUUGAGUCUUCAGUCUUCAGUCUGAUCGUGUCUGUUUUGUGCUGAGGUAGACUUUGAGCUGUGACGGUCCAGAGGUGGGGGGUGUUGUUGUGAAUACAGAAUGUGGGGCAUUUGCAGCAGAACUAUGGUGAAGGUGGGGAUGGCGAAACCCUGUGGUUUAAUGAAGCCAUGCCACUUGGUGAAGCCCGUAUCAGCGACUCGGGUCUCUGGCAGAUACCUGACCCACCAGAAGGGUCUGCCCUCGCUGCCCAUCCCCCCUCUGCAGCAGACCUGCGAGCGCUACAUCACCGCUCUGGAGCCCAUCGUGGAGGUGGACGAGCUGAAACACACCAAAGAGCUGCUGGAUGACUUUCAGAAAGCAGGAGGGGUCGGAGAGAGGCUGCAGAGCAGCCUGGAGAAGAGGGCGAGCAGCACCAACAACUGGCUGUCAGAGUGGUGGGUGCAGGUUGCUUACCUCACGUACCGCCUUCCAGUGGUGGUUCAUUCAAGUCCCGGUCUGGUCCUACCUCGCAUGAACUUCAGGGACAAGCAGGGACAAAUAAGGUUCGCUGCCAAGCUGAUAGCGGGCGUUUUGGACUUUAAGACAAUGAUUGACAAUGAAACAUUACCGAUUGAGUAUCUUGGAGGGAAGCCCCUGUGCAUGAAUCAGUACUAUGAGGUGCUGUCGUCCUGUCGUAUCCCCGGGCUUCAGAAGGACUCUGUGGUGAACCACUCCAAGAGCUCCAGACCCCCCAAACACAUCACUGUGGUCCACAACUUUCAGUUCUUUGUGUUGGACGUGUACAACAGCGACGGGACUCCUCUGACGUCGGAUCAGCUCUGUGUUCAGCUGGAGAGGAUCUGCAGCUCCUCUGAGCAGACCAACAUGGAGCCCGUCGGCAUCCUCACCACUCAGCAUCGGGACUCGUGGGGCAAAGCCUACCUCAACCUCAUUAAAGAUAAAAUCAACAAGAAGUCGGUGUUAGCCAUCCAGAGGAGCAUCUUCACGCUGUGUUUGGACGGGGCGAUGCCUCGAGUGUCCGACGAGACGCGCAGAAGCUCGGCUGCAGUCCAGAUGUUGCACGGAGGAGGGAGUCAGUUGAACAGCGGCAACCGCUGGUUUGACAAGACGCUUCAGUUUAUUGUUGGAGAGGACGGGACGUGUGGAGCGAACUACGAGCACGCUCCAGCUGAGGGCCCCCCCAUAGUGGCCUUGAUCGACCACGUUGUAGAAUACACAGGGAAACCAGAGAUGACUCGAUCUCCCAUGGUGCCUCUGCCCAUGCCCCAGAAACUUCACUUCAACAUCACGCCGGAGAUCAAGAAGGACAUCGAGGAAGCCAAACACAACAUGAACAUCCUGGUGGACGACCUGGAUAUGAGGGUCACCGUAUUUGGACACUUUGGGAAAGAGGUUCCGAAGUCGCACAAGAUGAGUCCAGAUGCGUUCAUCCAGGUAGCUCUACAACUGGCUUACUACAGGAUGUAUCAGCGCUGCUGUGCCACAUAUGAAAGCGCCUCCCUGCGAAUGUUCAGACUGGGUCGAACGGACACGAUCAGAUCGGCCUCCAACGCCUCGGCCGCUUUUGUCAAAGCUUUUGAUGAUCCAAACAAACAGAACACAGAGAAGGUUGAUCUGAUGGUGAAAGCUGUGACCGCUCACAGGUCGUACACCAACAUGGCGAUCAGUGGUCAGGCCAUAGACCGACACCUGCUGGGCCUCAAGCUGCAGGCUUUGGAAGAAAACCUGUCCGUGCCUGAGCUCUUCAAAGACCCCGCCUACGGCAAAGCCUUACACUACCAGCUGUCUACGAGUCAGGUACCCGCUAAAGCCGACUGCGUCAUGUGUUUUGGCCCCGUCGUGCAGAACGGAUACGGCGUCUGCUACAAUCCCAUGAAGGACCACAUCAACUUCGCCGUGUCGUCUUUUAACACCUGUAAAGAAACGAGUGCGGCACAGCUGGCUCAGGCCGUGGAGGACGCUCUGCUGGACUUGAGGACUCUGCUGGAACAAACUCCACGAGCUAAACUGUGAAAGUCCUUCAGACAUCAGCGACCUCAGAACGCACAGAUUAGUCAGAACUCAGCAGGGUGUGACACAAUCAGAGGGAGGAGAGGUGUUUUUAUUCAUGUAAAUAAAUCACACACCAAGCCGGCCUUUAGACCACGAGGCCUGUCAGUUAGAUAUUUAUUACAGCGGCUAAAUUAACAUCUAUAGAAUAAUCAACACAUUUAAAAACACAACUUAGGUUUCUUAAAUGAACCGCUGCAUUUAAAUAAUUAUUUGAAUCCAGUUUUUAAGAUUUAGUUCAUCAGGAAGCACAAAAUUUUACCCUCAGGAAGUGAUCGUACUCAACAAAAGAAGAGGUUAAAGGCUCAUUUAAUGUCCCAGAAUUAAAUCCCCCGCUUAGUGACAUCGACAGCCCCUUCCUGCCAGGCGUGUAAGAACAUCUAAUUUCAUAAAUGUCUUUAUUUCACAGAAAAUCAUUUUAUAAUUCUGUCUAUAGGAGAAUACAUCAGCUGCAGUAGAUGCAUAUUUGUUGGACUUCGAAAACAGUCUGCUGCAGGUUAUUUCUGCUCUCUAGAGGUAGAAUCAGUGUCUACUCUAUCAUUAUGCAAGCAAGCUCUGAAAGUGAAAGUCCAUUACUUAUUCAGUUUGCACUUCAGGCUGUUCUCUCGUUGCAGUGGGUUUUAAAACUACUUUUAUUUUAAGUCGUUUACAAGGUGUUUUGAAAAGGAAGUAAUCUGAUGUUAUUCACUAAAGUUGUUUUCACACGUGCACUUAAAUCGUUCUGAGUUGUUCACACAGCGGGAAGUUUUCCCAGUCAGAUAGGAUUCUCAGGACGCAAGACAUGAGCCUACAUUCAUUUGGAUGUAUCACAGUUUAAAGGAAAAAGCAGAAGAGAACAUACUGACGAUCAGAAAAGAGGAAGAAGCAGUUUCAUUACCGGCACAAAGAUCGCUAAAUGUAUUCUGCUGUUUCUACACAUUGGUCCACCCUGACUUCACAAGGACGUUUUGUCAGGGGGGCUGGCGGGAAUAACUCUGAACAUUUUGGCUGUUUGCAAAAUUCAAGUUCAUGCAACUUUUUAGGAGUUUUGUGCUUGUGUGAACGGGGCUUAUGAGAGCAUCCCAGCAUGAGUUGACAUGUGACACCUGCCAUACAACAACCAAACUUCACUUGAUAGUCUGCAUUAGUUUUUGUUGUCUUAUGUCUUUGUGUUAUUGAUCCUUGUGCACUUUAAAUGAUGUUCACUGAUUCUCCUGUGGUGCAGAGCACACGCCUGCAUCGAUCAAUAAUAAUCAAUAAUUUACUGUCAAAAUAUCGUCCAAUGAGACAGCAUCCAGCGCUCAUUUAAUUCUAUUAUCAAGAACUGUUUGUGGAGCAAGAAUCUGGUUUGAACCUCCAAGUUUACAACUCCAUUGUUUCAAAAUAAACUUAAAACAGGGCUAUGGCAAGGCAAGAAACAUAUCACCAAUCAGGCUUGAACCACUUAAAUCACUUAACUGUUGAAGAAUAGAAAUGUUGUGGUCUAAUUUUAGGAAAACUGUGAAAGUAUUAAGAACACAAUCUUCUAAAUGAACAUGCAGUUUACAGUGUAACCAAAAAUAUCUUAAUACUCAUGAGCAUCAAUGUUUUCUUAUAUUCUCUCUUUCGAUGCUGCAUUAGGGGACAUUUUGCUUUGUUAAGGUUAACAUGGCUGACGUUCUGAAAUAACUUAAAAAGGAUCAUUUUGAUUUGCAGGUUGACGCACUGAGUCCAUCUGAGGUCACGCUGUAGUUUCUGCUGUUUGUACAGACUUUAAAUAAACCAUAUUUAUGAUUAAUAAACUCUCUCUCUCGGAAACUUAAAAGUCAAGCAUCUGGAUUUUAAAACGAUUCCAGAUAAUUGAAAAUUUGUACACUAAAGCUGUGUUCACACAUGCACCCCUUUUGAGGAAAGAUCAAACUGUCUGCCUGUUAAGUCUUCCUGAGUUGCUUAUUCGCACAUAUCCUUCACAGCGUGCAGUUUGGAGGCGGGCAAGACGUUAAAAAGCCGCUGCAGGAAUCAGAGAGGGUCACUGAUGCUUUUUGAUGUUUUUUGGCUCUAUAUCAAUGCUUCAUGUAAUUUGAGGGCAUUUUCAGUGCAUAGGGACGGAAUAUUUCUGGCUGCGUUCAAAUCGGCUCACCACGACUUCUUGUGGAAACUUUACUAGAGGGACCAGCAGGAAGCAGUCGGGGUAAUUUCAGGUUGAACAAUCUGUCCGUUUGCGUUCACACAUGCAGCUCACACGGAAACUUCUGUACAUUUUCAGAUGUUUUGUGCAUGUGUGAAAACAGCAUUACUCACUGAUUAUUAAAGUCUUGGUCCGGUCCUUAAGCGCCCCUCUGUCCUCCGGCUGCACUGAGAAUGCUGCAGAAUCCUGAGUGGCUGUUGGGGAGACAACAGAUGCAGUAAAAAUGAAUUUGUAAUGCUCUUACACAGUCAUUUAUCUUGUACAAAGUUUACAUUUUGAGCUAGAUUGUAUCAAUCCAACCCCUCCAUCCCUCCACUUUUAAACCCAAUUCAUACUUCUGCGUCCACUCUACCCCGUAGUGAGCACUUCAUACUUGUAACUGUUGGAAGCACGGUUUCUGUGCUCGCUGUAUCCCCAGUUUGCGGUCCUGCCACAUUCUCUGCUUGUUUGUGUACAGGAAACCAUGGCAACAAAAACCGAGUGUUUUUAGAUACGGAGCAACAGUUGAUUAUACUCUAAUAACUGCAAAGAAGAAAGGAGAGGAGACAUCGGAGGAGAUGGAACGUGUGGGAACUGAAUCAGUUGAGGGCGAGGGAACUUUUUGCGCUUGUUCGGCCACUGAGAGACCUGGGUGAGGAAAUUCAGAUAUGUUCGGGGGAAUUCGUCAUCCACAGUCAUUUAUGCCAAACCAGAGUGCACCACUAUAUGACCGUAGACAAUACGCUGCUACCCCAGUGGACCAAUCACAGGGCUUGCAGUCUGCAUAGUUUUGUCGUGUAGUUCAAUUUUUGAGGAGGUGCAUGUCAGGCUCCUGCAGGCUACGAGGCUACUUGAAAUCAGGCUAAAUCAGGCUUUGUUCUAAAGGGAUGCAUCAGAAGUCUCAUUUCUUUCCUGGUGGCUUUUUUUUUUUUAUAGCUUCUUUAAGUUUUUAAUUCUACCUGUGCACAUACUGUACGGCCACAUAGACAUGCUAAAUCCAUACCCCUCACAAGGCAGCAGUGGCUCAGUUGGUAGAGUCGUCGCCUCUUAACCAGAAGGUCAAGGGUUCAAUCCCCAGCUGAGCAACGUGUCUGAUGUGUCCUUGGGCAAGACACUUUACUCACAUUACUCCUGCUGCUUCAGUGGUGAUAUAUAAAUGGAUUAGUGUUGUACUUACUCUCUGAUGUAUGUUGCUUUGGAUACAAGGGUUGACUAAGUGAAUAGUAACAUUGUAUUGAAUUAAUGUAUUCAUCUUUGAGCUCUGAAUUCACCUUUCAUAUGUAAAAUCUGAACUGUACAACACCAAGUGGGCUCUGUAGUGUUGGUUUCUCGAUUGCUGUUUUUUUUUUUUCAUACAACUACUGGGAGUCUAUAGAGUCUGAAUCAAAUCCUUCUAAUAGGAUAGUUUUUGUUUUAAAGUGACAUGUAUGACAUGAUGAUGAUGAUGAUGAUAUUAUAUAGUUUUUGAAAGUGCCAAGCUGCUAAUCUUUGUUGAGAUUAAUUUUUUUUAAACAUUUUUAAGCUGCAAAAUCACUGAAUCUUCCUCAAAGAGAGAGAGAUGUCUGAUUGACCGGAGCGACUUGUGUUGGCCAGUGUGCAGCUCAGCACGUAAAAUAUGUUUCACACAGCGUGUUCAAGGAGGAGGUUCAACGAGUGAAUGUAGAGUUUGACCUCAUGACACUUGAGAGGAAAUUGCAUAAUAACACAGAGCAUGUGACAGUUGUACAAACUGUCCAACACUUCCUCUCAAAUAAAAAGCUGACUUUUUGAAAAUCAAA